CGUACCGUCCGGAAGAGUCACACAAACACUUCAGCCGAGAGCAACACACAGACUGAAAGAAAUUAUUCGAACGAUGAAAUUACUGUCCGCCAUAGUAUUUUUAACGUCAGUUGGUACAGCUGCUUCCCUUUACUGCAGAUGCACAAAAGAACAUUGCGAUCACGACAAACUACCAACUUGUUACACAGUCAACUCGUGUUUCACAAAAACAAUAAAAGGAAAUAUAAGUGCCGGAUGUGUACAUUCGAGUAACUUUGAAGUGUGGUUGUGUGAUUUAAAACAUGCCUCAACGACGUACAAUUGCUGCAAAACAGACAAUUGUAAUCAUGUUGGUUUGUCACCUUUACAUUACUUGCCAGCCCCUAGAAUCAAAUUGACAAGGGUCAUAAAACGCAUAGUCACAGUAAAUAUUUUGGAUUCAGAUGAUUUUCGAUCAAAAAUUGAUGGUUAUGUUGCUACUCUGCAUACGCCAGGAGAACGAGGAAGGAUAUUUCAGAAUCUUCCAGUAAAUACCAAGGAAUUUACAUACGAUGAACUUGCCGUUGGCAAACGUUAUGUGAUUGAAGUUACAGCAUAUCGUGAAAAAUUGUCAUCAAAACCAUCCAACUCUGUUAUUAUAAAAACUAAGACGCCAGAAUGUGAUUACUUCAAAAUUGGCGACACCACCGGAACAACAAGCAAAAAAUGUAGUCAUUUUGGAUGUUUUAGUAUUUGGAAACAAAAUGCAACGAAUUUACAACUUCAACAGAAAGGUUGUUGGAAUGAUGUGGAAGUAUCAAGUUGUAUAAAUUUAAAAAUGACAAAUGUCACACAUAUAUUCUGUCUUUGUAAUAAAAGAACUUGUCAACAUCCAAGUACGAGCACAUGAUGAAGUAAGAUCAUGGAAAAGUAAACUCGCAUUACUUCAACACGGUUUUUUCACAAAGCAAACACAGGAGUCGUGUGCGCGAAAUAGUUUUGAAAAAAUCGCGUGUAAAUUUGAAUGAUUAGAAAGAGCCGGAGUUGACACGCUAUUUUGAACGUAUUUAAGUUGGUUCCCACAUGAAACAGAAAAUAUAAUUAGUUAUUUCAAUCAAGAAUGGUACAACAGGGUACAACAGGGUACAUACUGUAUACGCAUAGUACCAGCUCAUUCUGAAAUGUUGCCGAAGAAAAAACUUGAAUCAUAUCGACAUACAAAUAAUAAAGUAUGUUGCUACAAGUUUAUUCAAACUUUCAUGUGAGAAGCUAUGUCUUUUAUUCAAUUUAUACAAACAAUUCUGAUUGCAUUGUGGUAUUUGAGUAAGCCCAAUAUCUUGAUAAAUGUCAAAAAAUCUCCCAUUCAUGGAUUAAACUGUAAAAUCUUUGAAUGGCGCAACAAACUAUUGACAUAUCAAGAUAAUAUCAUUUCUUUCGAAAUUUAUAAGAAUUUUUGACCAAGUUCAAAAUAAGUUGUGCAAUUGUCAUGUGUUGCUUUAAGUUCAUUGUUAUGUAUGUAAAUAUGAAGUCUAUAGUCAAAUAUUUAUUAAUAUUAAGUUAAAUAUCUUGCAAUAACUCAGUUGAAUUAUUCUUCUGCAUUGUGUACUAAGAAAAAUGAAAUAAAAAAAUGUAUACUUCA